AUGUCGAAGAAUAUCUCUCUCACUCGGCCAGCGUCAGGGUCUGAAUCGUCUGCGGUUGUCGAGAUUCGGUAUCCUGGAAUUGAAGGGGAUCGGUUCAUAAAUGGGGCCAAAAGUGCUAUAAACACCCUCACUAUGACACUUUGUGACAAUGAAGCCGUGGAAGCCUUUAUCCACAUGAUUGAGGAACGGCGGGUUGUCCCUGUGCUGGACAACGUACCAAGCGCUCCAGGGACUCCUAAAAAGCAGUCGGUUGCUUUCAUUGAGUUAGGAUCGGCUUCUGAAGACGACAGUCAUGAAAAGAGUAAGAGAUUGGAUGCUAGGAUGACCUCUGAGGCGGAUGGUUCGUCUCCUCUCAGUAAUAUUUGGUUACGUACACGCCGGGAGGAUCGACUGACAGCUGCAUCUACGACACAUACUCAUACUUCGAAGUCUGGGUCGAGUUCUAGUGUCAAGCCGGCCAAGGACACACCUCCGUUGAAGCGGCCCUUAAAAGUAAGACCGUUGAUUGAACGACUACGUGCUUCCCAGGAAGGCCCGAAGGGUGCGCACUCGAAAGCCAAAGAACGCUCACGGCAGUCGCAACUGCGUUACAGGGAUUCGGAUGCAGACCUGGCGAAAGGUGCAUUGGGAGAAGGACCAUCAUUCAACUUGUCUGUGGCUGUUACUGCCCCGACUUUUCAAUCUCAACCACUUGGCCUAGGCCAGACUCCUUCGUUCAACAAGUCGAUACACAAGCAGCCCGCUGACUUAGACAAGCCAGCUUCCAAUUCAUCGAAGGGAAGGGUCAAAAUCAUCGGUUCAGAUCCUGGACGACGUGGUGAUGAGCGAACAGUUGGAUCUGCCCGCAAACGGCCCAGGGACGAGAUCACCAUGGCAAAACUAGCUGAAACCCAGGCUGGUUCGGAAGGCAAUUCCCAAGUUGGCAAUGCUCUGACGAAAGGGGGCCUCAAACGGAAGACCAUCAAAGGCUCUUCGGCGCACACGAACAAAGAGUCACAGAAACCAUCUCAAUUCACCCCAAAAACAGCUCAAUUUGACCUUCCCCCUGAGGAUGACGAGGAACCCCGUCCCACGAAGAAGGCGAAGACGAAGAAUCCGAAGCCCACGUCUACGGCCUCUGUGAAGGAGUUUGUAGAGAAGAAAAAAGGGAAUGUCCAGGUCGCAGCCUCACCAAAAGGCCAAAAGAAAAGGGAACUCAGGAAGAAGUUGGGCAAGAGGUCAGAGAAGAAGAUCCAGAAGACGGCUACGUCGACGCGAGCCAGACGAGCCGGCAAAACACCAAAAUACGUAGAAGAAUCCGACGAGACCGAUGAAGAAGAGGAGAUAGAGAGGCACCACCAAGAGGAUGAUAAGGUCGACGAGGAUGUCGAGGACUCACACCCACUCAGCAAUGGAGCGCUAGAAGAUGCUCUGAAAGUUUCACAGCUCGAUUUUGAAUCAAACAUGCGAAGGACCGUCGAAAGAGACAGCACAGCGGGGAAGGAUGGGCGGACAGAAAGAGCUCCUUCGCUAGAUGCUUCAGACGAGCAAGCCGAACCAAAGCCCAGUCCUCUCGUACAAUCUGUCUGUCAUGAGCAUACUCCUGCGAGGAAGGAUAAGCACGUGCCGAGUCCUCCGGGCGCAAAGGCUGUCCCCAAAGACGAGCCUGGUAUAACCACCCAUGCUAAGCCAAAUUCUACCAUUGUGCCUUUUGGUCCUCAAGUCCCUGACAAUCAGGCUGAUCAACAAAAAUUCCUUGCGGAAGUAGCCGGGCCUGGAAUUCCAAAAGAGACCAGUCCGAUACCUCAACAGGCAGGAUUGAUUCAGGGUGAACAUGUGGUAGACAUCGACGAGGUUAUUCAAGACCGCAACUUUGAGCCGGUACUAAAGUCACCCGAAUUCAAGAGGAUCCAGCCGUCACUCGCACAAGAUGAUGGCCUUAUCCUGGAAGACCCCAUUGAAGGACGAGAUUCGGUCGUUAAGACACAUGUUGAGGACCGAGACGGGCAGAGCGCCGAAACGCAGAAUGGAUCGGCGACGGAUAUGUCCUCCGAUAAGGAAACCUCGGAGUAUGUCCUUCCUAAAGGUGAAGAGGCGGCAAGCGAGCAGUACUUCCAGCUGCCAAAUGCCUCUGGCUCUCGGAAAACCGAUAUGCAACAGUUGAAACCACAGAAACCCCUUCUUGACGACGAACCGUCUGCCUGCGAUGCCACCGAAGCUAAAAGACCUCUAUUUUCUCAAAAGUCAACUCGCCAGUCUAUCGGGAUCAACGCCAUCUUGGAUGAAGAAUUUUCCCAGGCUCAAAUGGUCGUCAACACCGAUAAACUCCGUGCAAACCACCAGCGCCCCACAAUGGGGGAAUUCAGUCGAAGGAGUGUUGCGCCCGACAUGCCCUCUCCUGUCUCCCGGGAGGUGGUCAAAUCCGACCAACUUAGAUCGACCUAUGAAAGAGACGAGGUGGAAGCGGUCUGUAAUGAUAAUGUUACGUAUAGUGAGUUUCAAAGUCCUGCUUCGCACACUAUACGGGGGAUUGCGAGCGAUGUCUACGACCGAACUAUUCCAUCAAUGAAGGAAAAUUCACAGAUUGUUCCACAGCAUGCGCAUGGGCUUUCCAUGUCGCUACCACGCUCUGCGGCCGAGCCAAUGGGCCCUCCUACGCCACGGACCGACCCAUUCGCAUCAGUUCAGCGACCCAAUCCUCUUCGGAAAUCCUGGUCUGAAUCACAGGCGGAGAGGCAGGCGGCUUUGCCUCAAAUGCCAACGAAUGAGGCAUAUGGACCAGCCAUUAUCGGACCUGUUCGAGUGAAAAAGAGCUCGAGUCUCCCCCAUGCACGUGCUGAACCCGUACUUGAACCCGAAAUUCCUCCAGCAACGCCUGCCUCCUUUUCUACACGCCUUAACUUAGACCUACCCCUCCCGGCAAAGGUGACGCCAGGCAACGAAGGCUCGAAGAUGACCGAACGUGGAGAUACGUGUCAAAACGCCGGGAAUGACAGCCUGACCCUUGUGAAUGAAGACGAAACUUUUUUUGGAGAUCGCUCAGGCAAGGGGUCCAGACUAGGACGGAGACAACGAUCUGAAUCUGGGGAUGAUAGCUUCGCGAUCUCUGCGACUUUCCACAGAACGGGAGAAACCGUCAGACGGGGCGAUCCGAUGAUUGGUUCUAUAUCUGCCCGUGAAUCCCAACUGGGUCUUUUAGAUGCGAUCAUCAACAUAACCAAUGAUGUCCUAUUCCGCUUUGGCACAGAAGAAGACGCCAUGAAAGCAAAAGUUGACGGAUACCAUCGUGGGGGAAAGGAAAUCAUCCGAACACUAACAGAUACAUGGAAUCAACGUCUGGAGCACGAGAACCGUCUCCUGGUAGAUGUGUUAAAGGUAGAGAAAGAGGUUCUCACUACGGCACUUCAGCUCGUGGGAGACCGACAGCAUUCGGGUGGAGCGUGGAAGGAGAUAGUUUAUGAUCAGGGGUUAACGGGAAAGGUACAGGAGAAGAGAGACAGCCUUCUCAGGGCGAUUGAAAAGUUGGCAAAUAGAGGCUGA